UUUCAAGAUUAACUAGGACAAAUGGCCGAAAACUAGUUCAUAUGACCACCUUACUUUUGGCCAAUCGACGAUAUGGAUGUAAGAAUAGAGUUAUAGAUAAAUUCGUGAAAAUGUCGCUAACUCAGUCGCUAACUUUGACAAGUAAACGCGUGAUAUUUGUUUUAAGUGGUAUAGCAAACUUUGACGCAACCCUGACAGUAAAGCGACUGAAGUAUAGGAAAAUGGUUAAAUAUCUAAAUCAAUCAGAAGCAAUCAACAUUGAUAAGGAUCUAUUUGAAAAAUAUAAAUUUAGCGUGGAUCAAUUGAUGGAAUUAGCUGGUCAAAGUUGUGCCAUAGCAAUUGCCAAAUCUUAUCCAUUGUUGGACAAUUCUGCAAACAGAAUUUUAGUUUGUUGCGGACCAGGAAAUAAUGGUGGCGAUGGACUAGUAUGCGCUAGGCAUUUGAGACAUUUUGGUUAUUCUCCUGACAUUUAUUAUCCGAAAGAAACCAAGAACCAAUUGUACACAAAUCUGUUGCAUCAAUGUAGAGAAAAUGAUAUAACCAUUUUAGGAAAUGAAUUUACAAAAAAUAAGCAUGUCGUUGGUUCUUUAAAUGAAUACCGAAUUAUAGUUGAUGCUUUGUUUGGAUUUAGUUUUAAACCUCCUGUAAGAGAUAUUUUUGUUCCUAUUAUGGAAAUAUUGAAAGGCACAUCUAUUCCUAUAUGCAGCAUAGACAUACCUUCAGGAUGGGAUGUUGAAAAUGGUCCAUCUGAAAAGGAUGAUAUAUGUCCAGAAAUGUUGAUAUCCUUGACAGCGCCAAAAAUGUGUGCCCACAAGUUUAAAGGAAAUUUUCAUUAUCUAGGCGGCAGAUUUGUACCUGAAAAGCUAUCAUUAGCUUACAAUCUUAAUUUGCCAACAUAUCCAGGAACUGAUUUAAUCGUAUCUCUGUAAAAAUAAAAUUCUAUAGGAAUUGACAAG